CCACACCCUUCCCUUCCCUUCCUGCGUCCCCUUCCCGGACUCGCAUCGCAAUUCACACACACCCAACCCGCCUCUCUUUUGCCGCUCUUCGCGAUCUCGCUCUCUCCGUGCUGCCGGCUGGUGGCGGAAGGCGGCACAGAGGCAGUCGUCGUCGGCGAAGGGGGCAGUGCUGCUGCCAGAGAGGGACGCGCACGGACCCGCAGCCGACCGGUGCGGCGGCUGCUCAAUCCCUGCUCGGCGCGGCUAGGGCAAAGGACGGUCGGUGGCUUGCCGGAGAUACGGCGAGCAAAGGGUCGCGCAGAGCGCAGCUCCUUCAUCCUCCUAGCCCGCCCUGCGGCUAGCUCGUGUGUGGCCGAGCUCCCGCAGGCGACGGCGCCGCACCAGAAAGUCCAGGAGAUCUCGAGGUCUCUUGAGUUAAUGAGCAGCAUAUAGAGCUUUUUCUGUGUUAAAUUGCUUAUGAGAUCAGUAAACUGGUACCGAUAUAUGAAGCACGGUUGAAGAAGCCCACAUUGUUUCAUAUUGGUGAAUGAUCAGUAUUUUAUCUGUUUCAGAUCUUAGUAUCCCCAAAGAUGGAAGGAAGAAAUACAUGUUUAUGGUAAAACCUGGUGAAUAUUCGUGGGAGGUCAGCAAGUGGUGGCCUGAUUAAGACUGUUAUAGAACUCUGUGCUCCAUCUGUAGUUAGUAAUGGCGAGACUGAAGUUCCCAAGGCGUUAUGUCAUAGUAUUUCUGACAUUCAUCUGCACAAAUGUUUGCUACAUUGAACGGGUGGGUUUCUCGAUUGCUUACACCGUAUCAGCUGAUGCAAUUGAGGUGAAUCAAGCAAACAAAGGCAUGAUACUCUCCAUGUUCUAUUAUGGUUAUGUUUUAUCACAAAUUCCUGGUGGGUGGGCAGCCCAGAGAAUGGGAGGUAGACGUGUUCUGCUGCUGUCAUUCUUGUUGUGGUCUUUGAUAUGUGGUUUAAUCCCACUAGACCCAAACAGAGUAGUCAUUCUGGUGCUUUCUCGCCUUUUUGUUGGUGUAGCACAAGGCUUCAUAUUUCCUGCCAUUCACACUGUUCUGGCACAAUGGGUGCCACCUCAGGAGCGCUCUCGCUCAGUAUCUUUAACAACCUCAGGGAUGUACCUUGGGGCAGCUGGUGGUAUGCUGUUUUUUCCAAGUCUAGUGAAGCACAUGGGACCCCAGUCAGUUUUCUUUGUUGAAGCAGUACUGGGAGUAGCAUGGUCUCUAAUAUGGUUGAAGUUUUCCAGUGAGCCACCUCGUACUGACCUUCCAAAAGUGGCAAUGCCAAAGGUGGCAUCUCGAGAGAAGAUCAAGGCACAAGCAGGUGGGGUUGUUGCACCUCGCACUGUAAAGAUACCAUGGCGAAGGAUUAUCUUCAGUCUACCGGUUUGGGCAAUUGUCGUCAACAAUUUCACUUUCCACUAUGCCUUGUAUGUUAUCAUGAAUUGGCUGCCUACCUAUUUUGAAUUAGCCCUUAAGCUCAGCCUCCAGGAUAUGGGAUCCUCGAAGAUGCUUCCCUAUUUCAACAUGUUUAUAUUUUCCAAUAUUGGUGGAGUGGUUGCUGAUCACUUGAUUACAAGAAGGAUCUUAUCAGUUACCAAGACAAGGAAGCUCCUGAACACCAUUGGGUUCGUUGUCUCGGCUGUUGCACUUAUGGCCCUUCCUUCAUUUGGGACACCCUCAGGGACUGUGAUCUGUUCGUCCAUAUCUCUUGGUUUUCUGGCUCUAGGAAGAGCAGGUUUUGCAGUGAAUCACAUGGAUGUUGCUCCAAAAUUUGCCGGCAUAGUGAUGGGGGUUUCAAACACAGCUGGGACAUUAGCUGGGAUAGUUGGCGUCGGUCUCACGGGAAAUAUUCUGGAGGCUGCAAAGGCUUCUAACAUGGAUCUAACAAGCUCAGAAACAUGGAAAACAGUCUUCUUUGUUCCAGGAUACCUUUGUAUUUUUAGUUCAGUCAUUUUCUUGAUUUUCUCAACUGGCGAGAAGAUUUUCGAAUAGAGGAUGAUUGUUUUUGCCUAUUCUCUUCUUCUCAGUUACGGUGAGGCGGGAUAGUGAAACGGGAAUCUUACAUGUAUUUGUUCAUCAUUUGUCAAAUUUCAGUGUUCAGACUGCAUCCCACGUGUUAAAGUUAGGAAGAAAUAACACGUUUCAGUACUACAUUUUGGUAUCAGGGAUGAUCCCAAAGCUGGCCUAUAUAAGUAUACGAUAUUUGUAAUUUGUUUUCUUGAUACCGUUUAGUUUCUUGAUUUACUUGUCCUUGUGUUUCCUGGAAUGUGAAUUACCAGGAGUUGUCCUGGAAUGUGAACUGUGCAUGAUAAGCAUGAAUUCAGUUUUUCUUUUCA